AUGUCAGCCCUUCUGUUAAUACUUCUUGGUAUUUUCAUUUUGGUUUCCAAACAUAUUGAGGGAAGGUCGUGCUCAGAGGAGAGCAACAGUUUCAACAUCAAGUCCGCCGGCGUCGCCCACAUAAGAUUUUUAUACGAACUAGCUAAAGGAAAAAGACCCCCUACUUUCACUGGCAAGAACAAGAAGAAAGCCGAGUAUUUCCUAAAUUUUGUAUUUCACAACUACCGCAAUCCCAGAAAGUCUCUGGAUCGAAAGAAGCUCUCGAAAAAGGUGAAAAUGCGACGAAUUCACAGUCGCUUUCUGCCCAAUGGAAUGCCCAAUCCCUACAAGUACUUUCCGCUCAAAGGCGAAGAUAUGUAGAAAUAAAACCGCGCUAUCUAUUGAUUUGUUUGCUUUCACAAUGAACCCAAAGUGUUUACUCACUGAUAAUAAAAAUAACUUCUUACUGCUUGUUCAUUCACCAAAAAAGUAACCCAAAUUAGUCAA